GGAAAGCGCUGCUCUUGAGACGCAGACGAGGGAAGCGGUUCACAAAACUUCACCUCUCAGCCAUGGCCUCGGAAGAUACAAAACGGAAAGUGUCCUCUAUCUUCAUCACCUUGUCAGCGUCUCACCAAACCAAGCACAAGCAAUACGGCGGGAACAAAAAGGGUUGGGUCCAUGCAGGGCCAGCCCCGAGGAACUCGGGACUUCAAAGCGCCAAACCUCAAGACCUUUCCCGAAGGGCCUCGUGCGCCGAGAACCGUGGGUCAGUCCGGUCGGGACGCGACACGGGAAUGCGGUGGGGAAACGACAGCGGGGAUGUUGCAGGAUCAACAGAUCUCUUUUCAUCGGCUCCUGUCCCUCCUCCUUCUCCUUCCUCCGAGCUCCGUUCACCUCCACCGGAUCCGCUGCCCACACCAACACCCCCGGCCCAGAAACCGGUCUCACCCCCUCCGACCUCGCCCCGGUUGCCGCCUCCUCACCACGAGGUGGUGAAAAGAACCUCGUCUCGUGGGAUGAAUACAAACGAAAAACCGAGUGGGAUCCAGAAAGAUAAUCCGGGUGACAGCAGAGGCUUGUGUGGUUUCUGUGAAAAGCCCGUCCGUUUUUCGGAGCAGGGGGUAACCGCGAUGAAGAGGAUUUACCAUAAAACCUGCUUCAGGUGCAGCACUUGUCGUACUCCUCUGGGUGGAAAGAAGUUCUACCCGAAGGAAGAAGUCGCUCAAUGCGAAGGCUGCUAUGAGGCGAGUUUUGAGCGAUGCUGGUCAUGCGGCUACACCAUAAGAGGGCAACUCCUUCGAGCACUCCAGCGCCCGUAUCAUCCCGCUUGCUUUACCUGCACAACAUGCAAACAGCCGCUUCAAAGUUUCAUCCAGGCAGAUACGGGAGAGGUCUACUGCAGUCUGGACUACGGCAGGAAGUGUGCUAAGAAGUGCAGCGGCUGCCACAAGCUAAUUAUGUCCAGCGACGGCAGCCUACCGCCACACCUUGAAAGCGACGGCCGUUACUUCCACGAUGAGUGCUACAGAUGCGAGGUUUGUCACUUCAAGUUCCCUUUGUCUUCGAAGAAAGAGGAAGGCGCCUGCUAUGAUUGGCACGGAAAAAGGGUUUGCCUCGCCUGCUACUGGAAACUUCAAGGGACGGCGAGAUAGCGGCACUCGCGCCAAUGUCUGCCGACAAAACAAACAAACAAAAAAUAAUCACAGAAGUAAUGGAAGGCGACAUUUGGGCGCAAUCGUUUUGAUCACAGGUGACAAACCCAAGGCCCGGGGGCCGGAUCUGGCCCGGCACAUGAUUUUAUGUGGCCCGCGAUGCCAAAUCUAGAGUGUCGAUUUCCGGGAUUCUUGUAAAAAUCUGUACCAAAAUUUCAAAUUGGCAUAUAUCACAAAUGAUACAUUUCAGAUAUUACGAGGAUUUUUUGUGUGACCAAAUGUGAAUAGUUGAAAAACGCACUCCCCUUGAUUUCUGAUUCCAAAACUAGUUCAUAAAUUGAUGAUGUAAAUAUGAUGAGAUGAUUAAAUAUUGGCGGGACGGUGUAUCAGCUGGUAAAGCGUUGGCCUAACAGUUCUGAGGACCCGGGUUUGAUCCUGGCCCCGCCUGUGUGGAGUUUGCAGUUCUCCCCUUGCCUGUGUGGGUUUUCUUUUGGCGCUCCGGUUUCCUCGCACAUCGCAAAAACAUGCAACAUUAAUUGGACACUCUAAAUUGCCCAUAGGUGUGAUUGUGAGUGCGGCUGUUUGUCUCAAUGUGCCCUCCGGUUGUCUGGCGACCAGUUCAGGGUCUAGCCCACCUCCUGCCUGUUGAUAGCAGGGAUAGGCCCCAUCACAACCUCGCAACACUUGUGAGGAUAAGCAGCUAAGAAAAUGGAUGGAUGGAUGGAUGGAUGGAUGGA